AUGGCUGUAUUAGUCAAAAAAGUUGAUCGCAGAGACGGAAAUGAACAAUCUGGGUCGGUCGAGCAAGAAGCUUCCAUCAAUGGGUCUCCAAAUCUCCGGUACGAGAUGGUCGCUAGUCGUGGGAUUGAAGCAAUUGUUAAUAGUCUGAGCAAAUGGGUUGUGUCUAUUCUGUUUGCUUCCAUCAUUCUUCUGCGUCAUGAUGGUACAGCCUUGUGGGGAAUCAUUGGAUCCGUUUCGAAUGCGGCUCUCUCUGUAGUACUCAAGCGUAUACUUAACCAAGCGAGGCCUGCUACAACCUCGCGAACUGAUCCCGGGAUGCCAUCUACUCAUGCCCAGUCCAUUUCUUUCAUAUCUAUGUUUGCUGUUUUGUCUGUUAUGGAAUGGCUUGGAACCAGUAAAGUCUCCCUGUUUCUUAGCUGCUUCAUCCUUGCGUCGGGUUCCUAUUUUAUACGGUUAAGGGUUUCUCAGAAGCUUCACACAAGCAGUCAAGUGGUGGUUGGUGCAAUCGUGGGUUCUGUUUUCUGCAUCUUGUGGUACACAAUGUGGAACUCGCUUCUCAUUGAAGCCUUUGAGUCCUCUCGAUUACUCCAAGUAUCUGUAUUUCUGGUUGCAGCUGCAUUUGCACUAGCUUUUGUAACCUAUGUUGUACUUAACUGGUUCAGAAACGAUAGAUGA